AACGAAUUUCGUGGUUUAAAUCUUGAAAAAGUAGUUUUAAAAGAUCAUUUUAUAUUAACCAAAUUAAUACAAAUUAAUUACCCAGUGUAACCAUGACAGUGUAACCAUGACGAAAUUAUGACGAAAGUAAAGAGCAUAAAAAGAGGCAACUAAAUUUUACUUUAUAUCUUGUGUAACGAAUUUAAAAUUCUUAUUUGUGUCAACAUUUAAAAUUUUUGAUAAAAAUGAAAUCACUAGCAUUGAUGUCGUUAAUAUUCAUGGUGUCAGCAAGCUUUGAUAGUGACAUUGAUAGUUCAGAUAUUUUUGAAGACAAGUCACACGCAAUAUGCAAAUAUGGCGAAACGCAAUGUGGAGAGAGCUGUCGAAACAUGAAAAUAGAAAUUUGUUGCAACGGAAUCCCAAAACCAUAUCUUUAUUAUGGAAGAUGUGGUUUAAAAGGUUGCAUAAACUGGCAAAAAGAAAUUUGUUGUGAUGGCGUUGCUAGACCGAAGAAAGAAUACGAAAUUUGCGGUGAAAAAUGCAUAAAGUUAAAAUACUAUUACUGCUUGCAAGGAAAAGUUUAUGAAAAAGUAGAAGAUCAACAGUAACGAUGGCCACGACACUUUAUUUAUUUCUUAAAUAAAAAUAGGAAACCAUAUUGAUAAUUUUUGAUUAUUUAAUAAAAUUUGUAACUAUCCAUGGCUUGAUUUGUUUUCUAAUUUUACGAAAUAAAAACUUUAAGAAUUCUUUAAGAAUGUAAAGUUAACUUUACAUUGAUUACGUAAUGAAACAAUAUUUAUUUUGCUUUUCUGCAGUUCUGCUUUUUAUUUUUUAUUUUUUAAAGUAAUGCUUAUCAAAAUGUCAACUGUUAUUGAAAAACUUUUGAGUCAUUUUCUUUAGAUUUAUAUUAUCAGACAAAACUUACUAUUUUGUAAUGGUGACGAAACGUCAGUUUCUACUUAUCCGUUUUUUUACAGGAACGUGAUAGAGAAGGGAAAAUUAAUCAAGUUAGUAUGAGUAGUUACUCAUGCUAACGUGAUUAAUUUUCCCUUCUUUAUUGCGUUUCCGUAAAAAAAACUAUAGUUUUCCUUCAUACAAAUUAAAACUUAUACUACGCAUCCUCA